AUGUGCCCCAGCAGGAGAAGAGGUUACUGGCUGAUGCGCUCGUUGAGACCGUCUUCCACCAGAACGAAUACAUCAUCCCGUGGAGACGUGGGCGACACGUUCUACGUCCUCGACGACGGCGAGGUGGCGGUCGAGGUGAACGGCAGGGAGGUGCAGAGGCUCUCGGGCCUGGGCGCCCAGAGCACGGCGGGCCGGGGCUCCUUCGGGGAGCGGGCCCUGCUGGAGGACGAGCCCCGGGCCGCCUCGGUGCGGGUGGUCGGCCAGAGGGUGGUCGUGCUGGCCCUGCACCGCGGCAUCUUCACGCAGGUCGUGAAGCGCCAGGAGCCUCCCGCUGAGGCGGACAGCAUGAUCACGUACUCCCUGGACAGGCUCGUGAAGCUGAGCGUCCUCGGCUACGGCGGCUUCGGCACCGUGCACUUUGUGGAGUGCACGCAGACGAAGCGCAACUUCGCGCUGAAGGCCGUAUCCAAGGGGCACGUGGUCCAGCAGCGCCAGGAGGGCAGCAUCAUGAACGAGCAGCGAAUACUGCGGAUGACGAACAGUCCUUUCCUCGUACGACUGGCUGCUACUUUUAACAGCAAGGAGUUCUUGGCACUUGGGCGGAUUUUCUCAUCGAGCCUGCCUUAG